CUCCCUUCCUUUGCGAAUCAUGACCCCAUUGAUCUCCUUGCCAUCAUUGGCUCCAAGAUCAGCACUGUCAUUAAAAGACUGCAGGCUGUCUUCGAUCGCAAGAACCAAUUGCUCGACAUCUCCCAUAAUCACCGACUUGCUCUUCAGCGCAUUGGCGACAGACUCGAGUGGGUUUUGUACAACAUUGAGGAGAACAGCCCUUCUUGGACACAUAGCCAAUAG